AUGGGUCUCCAUGCUGAUGGGACCAACGAUCCCGACGAGGUCCGCAACUGGCGGAUUCACCUCAUUGCCACUGUUGCCUCCAUGUCUGCCAUUGCCAUGGGAUACGACACCUCUGUCAUUGGAGGCACAAUGGCCUUGGACUCGUUCAGACGCGACUUUGGCCUUCUCGACAAGACGGGCCAUGACCGAGACACUCUGCAGGGAAACAUCGUGUCCACCUUUCAAGCUGGCUGCUUCUUUGGCUCUUUGCUUACAUUUCCUCUCGCUGAAAAGUAUGGCCGCAAAAGGGCCGUCUUUCUCGCGGCCGCUGUAUUCGUCAUCGGAGGUUCCCUGAUGACCGCUUCUCAUGGUAUGCUCACUGUGUUGAUCACUGGUCGUGCUAUUGCUGGCUUGGGUAUCGGUGCUGCUUCGCUCAUCGUGCCCGUAUAUAUUGCCGAAGUUUCGCCCCCGUCUAUUCGCGGACGGCUUAUUGGUAUAUUCGAGAUUGCCUCCCAGGGCGGUGGUAUGCUGGGCUUCUGGAUCAACUACGCGUCCAACCGGACAAUCUCCCACACAAAUGACGCGCAAUGGAUCCUGCCUCUUGGAUUGCAGCUCGUGCCCGGCGCCUUGCUCUGCAUUGGUAUGCUGUUCUGCCCAGAGUCUCCGCGGUGGCUCGCGCGCAAAGAUCGCUGGGAGCAAGCCGAGAAGGUCCUUGUCCAUAUUCGUGGUCUCGGGGCAGACUCUGGGUAUAUUCGCGACGAGCUGUCUGAAAUCCGCCAGCAGAUUGAGGAGCGCACCGCCAACCGCAUGACCUUUCGAGAAAGUCUCAAGCGCCUGCUGGAGCGUGGAGUACGUAACCGAAUUGGCAUCGGUUUACUCUUGAUGGCCUGCCAGAAUAUGACUGGUGUCAACAUUAUUACAUACUACUCUCCUCGCAUCUUUGAAACUCUUGGUAUUCAGGGCACCGAGACCAAACUGUUUGCCACUGGGUUCUAUGGCAUCGCCAAGACCCUCGGAAUGAUCAUCUUUUCGGUCUGGCUUGUGGAAAAAGUUGGACGUAGGAACGGUCUCAUCUGGGGCGCAUUUAUAGGAUCACUUCCCAUGUGGUAUAUCGGCGGAUAUGUCAUGAAGGCUGAUCCUGCUGGCAAUGCGGCUUCUGGCAACGUUGACCGCAAUGGCUGGGGAUAUUUAGCUAUGGUUUGUGUCUAUCUUUACGGAUUGAUCUAUUGCGCGACCUGGCAAGGCAUCACCUGGGUGUACUGUUCCGAGAUCUUCCCAAUUGAUAUUCGUAUGCUCUGCACAGCCAUCACGACAGCGGAUCAAUGGUUCUGGAGCUUCCUCGUCUCUCGCACAACUCCAUACAUGAUCACUUCGCUGGGAUACGGUACUUACUUGCUAUUCGGAGCUCUCAUGGUCGUUAUGGGCUUCUGGGCUCUAUUCUUCAUCCCGGAGACCAAGGGUCGCACUUUGGAGGACAUGGACAGACUCUUCAGCACUAGUACUGCUUCUACAGUCUGGCAGUCAUUGGUGCAGCGACGUAGUGUGGAAGACGUCUUGGCGGAGAGAACGCAAAGCAGGCCCAUUUAUGUUGACAAAAAGGAAGAUGUUGAGAGACGAAUUGAGGAGUAA